AUGAUGUGCCUGGAGAGCGGCGGCUCCGCGGCCGGCAGCCCGGGCUGCAGCGGGCGGCUGCGAGCGGGGGACGAGGAGGAAGAGGAGGAAGGCGAGCGGGGCUGCUGCGGCCGGAGCGCCGAGGGCGAGGUGCAGACCCUGUCGGGCAGCAUGAACCCCCCGCCCGCGGGCAAGAGCCCCGAGCGCCUGGCCCCCCGCCACAAGCCCCUCAGCCUGGGCAGGGCCCGGGUAGCGGCCGCCGGCAUCCUCAGCGUGGGCAACGUGCUCAACUACCUGGACAGGUACACGGUGGCAGGUGUAUUACUAGAUAUCCAGCAGCAUUUUGGAGUUAAAGACAGUGGCGCUGGCUUGCUACAGACAGUUUUCAUCUGUAGUUUCAUGGUGGCAGCACCUAUAUUUGGUUACCUUGGUGACCGCUUCAAUAGGAAGAUCAUUCUCAGCUGCGGGAUCUUCUUCUGGUCAGCUAUCACCUUUUCAAGCUCCUUCAUCACUGAGCAGUAUUUCUGGCUCCUCGUCCUCUCACGAGGUUUGGUUGGCAUCGGUGAAGCCAGUUAUUCCACCAUCGCUCCCACCAUCAUAGGAGACCUUUUCACCAAAAACACCAGAACCUUCAUGCUGUCUGUCUUCUACUUUGCAAUCCCUCUUGGCAGUGGUUUGGGAUACAUCACUGGAUCAAGUGUGAAGCAAGUAGCAGGAGACUGGCAUUGGGCGUUGCGGGUAUCUCCACUCCUAGGCAUGAUAACAGGGACACUCAUCUUGAUAUUUGUACCUGUUGCUAAGAGAGGCAAUGUGGAACAGCUGGGGGGACAGCUGAAGGCUCGGACCUCAUGGCUAAGAGACAUGAAGGCACUGCUCAGAAACCGCAGCUAUGUGUUCUCGUCGCUGGCCACCUCCGCCGUCUCCUUUGCCACAGGGGCGCUGGGUAUGUGGAUCCCCCUCUACCUUCACAGGGCACAAGUUGUGCAGAAGACUGUCGAGACCUGCAGUUCAGAGCCCUGCGGCACCAAGGACAGUUUGAUCUUCGGAGCAAUCACAUGCUUCACUGGUUUUCUGGGCGUGAUCACCGGGGCUGGGGCAACCAAAUGGUGCCGGUUAAAAACCCAGCGAGCUGACCCCCUGGUCUGUGCCGUCGGCAUGUUAGGGUCGGCCAUCUUCAUCUGUCUGAUCUUCGUUGCUGCCAAGAGCAGUAUUGUGGGAGCCUAUAUUUGCAUUUUUAUCGGAGAAACUCUUCUGUUUUCAAACUGGGCAAUCACAGCUGACAUACUAAUGUAUGUGGUUAUCCCGACACGACGCGCGACCGCAGUGGCCUUGCAGAGCUUCACUUCUCACCUACUGGGAGAUGCUGGCAGCCCCUACCUGAUUGGAUUCAUCUCAGAUCUGAUACAACAAAGCACAAAGGAGUCCCCGCUCUGGGAGUUCCUGAGUCUGGGCUAUGCGCUCAUGCUCUGCCCAUUUGUCGUCGUCCUUGGAGGGAUGUUUUUCCUGGCCACGGCCCUCUUCUUUCUAAACGACCGCACCAAAGCUGAACAACAGGUGAAUCAAUUGAUGAUGCCACCAGCCUCUGUGAAAGUCUGAGACGCUGACAUUAUGAAUGAUGAAGGAAAUGCUGUGUGGACUCCAGCUCCCACAACCACCACUCCAACCUCCUGCUAGGAAACUUCAGUACUGGACACAAGCAAAAGUUCCAGCUCCGGGCUGCAUUUAGAGUCUUAUCGAGUGCUAAACUAAUGACUUCACUCUAACCAGCUGCUGGGUCAGGGUCAAAGACACAAAUGGGGAUGGCCUAGCUAUCAGGGCUGCUAAGCCUAAGGAUAUUGUAGGGUUUCCCCACAUUGGUGAGUGUCCAAAGAGCCCACCACCACACUACCCCUGGUGUGUGACUGUACAUUGUGUAUACAGUUUUAGGUUUAGCCAGUGAAGAAGUCUACGUUGCAUACAGGGCAACUUCCGUCCUAUUAAAUGCUGCCAGUUCUGUUAGCCAGAUACUAUGCUAGCUGGGGACCUUUUCUAUACGUCACAGCUUUACAAACUGAAGGCUCAACCCAGAUUUCUUGAAUUAUUAUUUAAACAAAUCAGAGGCUGCUUUAGCUUCAUGAUAGACAUUAAAUACAACCCUAUCAAAUCUCUGCUUUAAGUUUGACCAUCUCGAAAGGCCCAUGCACCUGUACUGGAUAUGAAAGCUCCCACUGUGUUGCAGCAUCUAUCUCCAAGAGGGCUCCAAGGGAGCAUUCAGAAAGUGUGGCACAGACCUUCAAGCAACAGCAUCCUGCUUAAGGGAGUACCGGAGGAGCUAGCAUGGACAUCCAUCUCUUAUUCUUGAGCAGCUCGGAGGAGUAAACAUCUCUCCCUGCACAAGGUGUUCUUUGGGAUUGUUACAGAAGAGCCAGGAAAACCACGGUCAGUGAUAUCUGGUGACUUCCAGUUUUGUUGAACACACUUAGUUUCAGUUCCAGGUAGAAGGAGGUUUGCAGAAUACCAAAAUCCAGAGAUUAAUUGCUUUGUGGGGUCUGGUAUUGGUGCCCUGAUGUGCCAGUGAUGGUCUGUCUUUGUUUACAUGCAUAUAAUGUUCAUCAUUAGGCAUGUUGCAAAUACUAAUCAUUUUUUCCAGUAUUUUCAGGCACAUUUAUGAUGUUAUAAAGCUUUGUUUCUAUCCAGCAACUGCAUUUAUAGAAGGAUCUUAAGAUUCAAUGCACACCCCAUUUCCCCUCCCCACCGUCCUACUGUUGUGGUUUGCUCCCUCCGAUGGGAGCGACUAUAUUACUUAAAUUCACUUUGAUCUUUACAAAAAUGCAACUGGGAUUUUCUUUUUAAUACACUAGUCUAAACUGAGUUAGUAAGAAGUGAGCCUCUCUUAGCUGAUUUUGUUUCACCAAGGGGUCUUGUUUCUUGCAGUUGACAUUCAAGUAUAAAAUUUAUACUACACCAGCAUGGAACAUAUAACAGCUGUGAGAGCAACUAAGUGCUACCACCACCAGAAAAAUAUCAGAUUGCCAAAUCACCUUUUUCUGUUUGGGCUUAUACUUUUUUCUAAAUUUACCUACAUAUCACUAUAAAAUGUAUGUAGGCCUCAGACCCUUUCAAACUCUGGCCAGUGCUGGAUUGGAAACAAUACUAAAUUAGCAAAGGCAUUACCAGCCCUGGGAUGGUUUUAAUAAUCUCAAAAACACUGAUUAAUUUAUGCUGUCAUUGGCUAGUGUCUCAUCCUUUCAAGCAGCACUGCAGUGACUGUAUAUAUGACCCCUGCAUUAAGUAAUCAGUGUCCACCACAAUUUAAAAUACUUCCUGUCUUUUCACUUCUGUGCUCUGCAGUGAAAACACAAGAGAGGGCAGAUACUUCCACUUAUCAGCAGCCUGGUCAAAAACAGCCACAUUAACAAUAUUCCUUUUAAAAACCAGACUGAUCAGAAAUAUCUGUUAAUAAUCCGCUUGGAAUUAACAAGACCAGCUCUUAACUGUAGUUGGGGCUAGGAGGUGGUUUAUCUGGGAUAACCUACCAAAGGAAUGAGAGCAAUACAGGCCCUUCAGGCUGGCUAACAGUAAUGCUAGAGAAACUAGCAGUGCCUGGGUAACCUUAAAUAGAGAGGUUAGUGACCCCUAUGUGUGUGCUAAAACAAAUCUCACAGGAUGUUCUUUUAAUUUCUUCUAAACUGUGCCAAUAAGGUUUAAAUAAAUGCUUGUUAUGGAAGUGCCCUAUAGAAUUCUCUGGCAAAACCUGUGUUUCCUCCUUAUGAAUUCUAUAGGAUGAAUCUGCAAAGGCUGCUUUUCACUAGGAUACUCUUAAAUGGUGGUUUUUGUUAUUUACUCACCCUAUAAGAAAUACUUUUAAACAACUGGAGACAGAAGCCCCACUACUGGCCCAUCCUCAGGAGAGCAGCAAAUGCGCUUGUGCGCCACUAAAAUAAUAACCAAAGCAAGUUCAAAACAAUGCUUCAUUUCCCAUCUCAUACGUUGCUCGGGGAAGAUGUCAAUGCUGCAGUCUGGCAGCCAAAGGCCUGAGUUAGAAGCACAUGCAUUUUUUGUGCUGCUCAUUAAGAUGUUAAUUUAUGUAAAACAAA